AUGCUGUUCUUUCUGCUUGGCUGUCUGCUGCCCACCGCCGAUGGGGAGAGCUGCUUCCGCUGUUGGCCCGAGCUGCCCGCAUUGGUGGACUACGACCUGCAGGUUCUCUGGGGCACGCCAGGGCCACCUGCCGAGCUCUCACAAAGCCUGCACACACUCUUCAUGGAGGAGCAUGACAUCAGCAACCCCUGGUACCUUGAUCGUGACCACUUGGAAGAAGAAGCAGCCAAAUUAUUCAAUAACAUAGACCUAGCCAUUAAGAAAUCACGAGAUGAUAAACUAGUACUUUUGGAUGAGAUUGACACCUUCAAGAAGCUCUUUUCUGAGAGACUGAACAAGAUAUCAGAGGCACUGAAGGAGAAGGUCUGCAACAAGUCCUGUGACCUACGCCCCCAUAUGGAGGUUACCAAUUGUAUCAACUGCAAGAAACACUACCUUUCCUGCCACGAUCCCACCCUCUGCCCAGGCUGGACCUCCAUGGCCAAGUGGGGUACAAGCAUGGGAAUCAUUCUGCCCCUGGCAGCCAUAGCUGGAGGUGGAUUUUACUGGUUCUGGUACAAGAAGAAGAAUCAAAAGGUAGAAAAGGUACUUCCAAAAUCUAGGGCUCCCAAGCCCCACGCCCAGGGUCAAGGCUCCCCUGCUGGGACGGUGCACUCUCGACUCCAAAAUCAGUCGCUGCCUCCCGGGGACUUCUCGUCCCGCCAGCCGCGUUGCCGUGCCGCUCCUGCGAACCGGAUGGGCCCCCUCCCGGGGUUAGUUCAGUCGCUGCCUCCCGGGGACUUCUCCUACCGGCUGCGUCCCACGCCCCCCGAGCAAACCAACUGGGCCCCCUCCCGGGGUUAG